UGUCACCCGAACGCCGGAUCGGGCUGCUUCCGCUUUGAAUAGUUCUUUUUCUGUCCCCCGUGGCAUGGUGGACGUGCUUUAUCCAAGCAGCCAGCAAAAAUUGUGAAGAUUCGGGAGUAAACUUGUGCUAAAAUGAGUUUGACGGCAGCGCGCCCUUUGGUCAGUGUGUACUCUGACAAAAAUGAGGCGGUGAAGGAUAAGGGAGUUGCCUUGCCGGCAAUUUUCAAGGCCCCGAUCCGUCCGGAUGUGGUGAACGAGGUGUCGCAGCUGAUGCGCCGCAACCGUCGCCAGGCGUACGCCGUGAGCGAGGCCGCCGGUCACCAGACGUCGGCCGAAUCGUGGGGUACCGGUCGCGCUGUGGCCCGUAUCCCGCGUGUCCGCGGCGGUGGUACCCACCGUUCCGGCCAGGGUGCGUACGGUAACAUGUGCCGUGGUGGACGCAUGUUCGCCCCGACCAAGCCGUGGCGCCGUUGGCACCGCAAGAUCAACAUCAACCUGAAGCGCUACGCUCUGGUUUCGGCCCUCGCCGCCAGCGGUGUCCCUGCCCUGGUGCAGUCGCGCGGUCAUAUCAUCGACGGUAUCUCUGAGCUGCCGCUGGUCGUGUCCGACGACAUCCAGAAGUUCCAGAAGACCAAGCAGGCCGUCACCUUCCUGCGCCGCUCGAAGGUUUGGGCCGACGUGCAGAAGGUGUACAAGUCGCAGCGUCUGCGCGCCGGUCGCGGUAAGAUGCGCAACCGUCGCCGUGUCCAGCGUCGCGGUCCGCUGAUCAUCUACGAUCGGGAUGAGGGUCUGCGCCGUGCGUUCCGUAACAUUCCCGGCGUCGAUACGAUGCGGGUGAGCAAGAUGAACCUGCUGAAGCUGGCCCCUGGCGGUCAUGUCGGUCGGCUGUGCGUGUGGACCGAGUCGGCGUUCGCCAAGCUGGACGGUCUGUACGGCACCUGGGAGAAGCGAUCGGUCGCGAAGAAGGGCUACAAUCUGCCGACCCCGAUCAUGGCCAACACCGAUCUGACCCGUCUGCUCAAGUCGGAGGAAAUCCGUCGCGUGCUGCGAGCGCCGAGAAGGAAGGUGUACCGACACGUGCGCCGUCUGAACCCGCUCACCAACAAGGAGCAGAUGCUGAAGCUGAACCCGUACGCCGCGGUCACGAAGCGCCGUGCCCAGCUGAUGACGAAGCUGCGCAAGUGCGAGCGCCUGGUGGCGAAGGCGGAAGCCAAGAAGAAGCCACUGGAUGCCAAGCACCGGGCGGUCGUGUUCGUGGAGAAGCAGACGCGCCGCCUGCAGAAGAUGGAGAAGAUCAAGGCGGCCCGCAAGGAGAAGGUGGACAAGAAGGUGGCCGAUUUUAAGGCGUCCGGCAAGAAGCCGUCGCUGAAGAAGGUGCGCCCCGCCAAGGAAGCCGCGAAACCAGUAAAGAAAGCCGUUAAGAAGGUAGAGAAGAAGUAGAGAGUUGGGUAGGUGGUGGUGUGGUUUACGCUCUGGUAGGCUGUCCUCCUCCCAGGCAUGCGUACUUUAUUGGUAUAACGUGUUCUAAUUUCCAUCGGCAUAAAUAAAACCGUAAAGCCCGAUCAGUCCUAACAGCCUGUGGUGGAAAGAAAACA